GUGGAGAUGAGAUCAGCCACAAAAGAAAAACGUUCAGAUGAAUGCUUACAUGCACUUGAACAGACUUGGGUGCCAAACAUAUAAGCGAGCCGUUCUACAUAUGACAGCUACAUGCAAUGUUUCAUUAGUGGAUGUGACCCAGUUUGAUCUGCGUUAGCUUCGGUGCAGAAGGAAGUGAUGCAAGACAUUAACCUCAAGAGAACGUGCAAUUCUGCAUUGUAACAUCACACACAGGCUGCAGCGCUGGCUUAUCAGCUCACAGCAGCUUUCUGUCAGGGCUUCUUGGCCAAGCGGCUAUCAGAAAGAACACACCACUGUCACCAUAGGAAACUCACCCCUGUCUUUUCCUUUAGUCUGUUGUCAUCGUGAGGGAUUGUUCUGAGCCACUUUGACAUUCACAAUGUAAGUUUUCACCUCAUUAGUAUGCAUUUCAUUUGUUUAAUGUCACAGUACUGUCAAAACUUUCAGGUCAGAACCAAAUGGACGGUUCUGGUGGAAAAGAUACUGAAGCAAAACAAACAGGUAAUGAGAAGUUGGAACUUCCUGUUCUGACUCAACCUGGCCUCGGAGUGACCACGACAACAGUGACCACUAUCACUCAAACCGGAGGAGACUGGAGCACAGGACUGUUUGACGUGUGCAGUGACACCAGCACGUUUCUGAUGGGUGCGUUUAUGCCGUGCUGUUUGGACCUGAGUCUGGCUCAUCAGUAUGGAGAAUGCAUGUGUCUGCCUCUGCUGCCUGGCUCCACGUUCGCCAUGAGGGUGGGCAUUCGAGAGCGCUUUAAAAUCAGGGGCAGUGUGUGUGAGGACUGGACUACGGUAUACUGCUGCUACCCUCUGGCCCUCUGUCAGAUGAUCAGAGAGAUGAAGAAGAGGCUGAAGACACAGAUCUACACCGUUUCUACCGCGCUGGAGAGCUCCUGAGACACUGUGUGUGUGUGUGUGUGUGUAUAUACAGCUCAGAUUUUCUUCUCAUCUGUGUUUUUGGCGAUGCUAAAAGACUGAAGGGCUGUCUCAGCUGUCAGGAUGUUUAUUACCCAGGGUCCUGAACUUCACGCAGGGUUAGACAUAUCAGUAACUCUCUGCUUGAAGAUUGAUGCCGCUGACAUUUCAAACUGACGGAGAGAUGGAGUGACAGAUGGGUGGAGAGACGGAUGAGUGGAGAAGAGGUUUCUGAUGGCUUCUGGGACUGUGUAUGCUUUGAUUUCAGACUGCUCUCUCACGGUACAUAUACAUAUGUAGGUUUCGCUACAUGAAUUCAGUCUGGAUUGUGUCUCUUCUUUAAUUGUUUCAAAGUCAGUCAAAACUGAUGUGACAUCUCAUCUCUCGUUUUAUCUCAAAUAAAGUGUAUUAUAAAAAUC